AUGGCAGCAAGAGUUAAUGGUCUGGCUUGCUUGGACUCGAAGAAUGCGCAAGCCCAACAUUUUUCCUUCAGUGGCCUCCAUAUUCCUGGCAACGCAUCAAUUCGCUUUGGCUUUGCAGUUAAACCUGUCUUAGUAGCCCAAUUACCUGGACUAAACACCCUUGGAAUCUCCAUGGCCCGUGUUGGCUAUGCACCCUGGGGUCUAGUUACUCCUCACUCACACCCCCGUGCAACUGAAAUUCUUACAGUCUUGGAAGGCAAACUCCUCGUUGGCUUUGUGACUUCUAACCCUGAAAACAGGCUCCUUACUAGGGUCCUUGAGAAGGGGGAUGUUUUUGUGUUUCCUAUUGGACUCUUUCAUUUCCAGAGAAAUGUUGGCCAUGGAAAUGCUGUCUCAAUUGCUUCCUUAAGCAGCCAAAACCCUGGUGUUGCUUUAGUUGCUAAUGCUCUAUUUGGAUCUACUCCAAGCAUUCCUAAUGAUAUUCUAGCAAAGGCUUUCCAGGUGGACGAGUCCUUUAAGCGGGUACCGAGUUAUUACGAGAUGUAUUUUCCCAAGGGUGCUCUAAAGUGCCUCCAUCGAAUUGUAGUACUAAAUCAUCUCCAACAAUCUUAA